CACUGCUUUUCAGUUUUCUGCUGCCAGGAAAAAAAAAAAAAAUCCUCCGCGUCUCUUCUCUCUCUCUCUCCGUCCCUUCUUUCGAUUCUAAAGUUAUUGUGCGUGUGCCUUUGCUUUGGCGCGCCCUCCUGUUUAGUUUAUUUUAUUUUGUUUUGCCUUUUAAUUUACCUGGGGCUUCCGAUGUACUCUUGCGAGCGAACGCGACGGACGCCGACGAGGACAAACGAAGCGAUUUUGCACGGAAAAGUUGAUGGUUUGUAGCUUGCUGGAUGAUGUGAUUGUUUCGGAUCUGUUUGGGGAUCCAUGGAAGGGAUGGAUGAAGGUCCUCAGAGCGAGACGGUAAAGCAGACGACGGGGUGUCCGCCCACUAAGGUAACCGACACUGAUAACGUCCUGCAGCUGGAUAGGUGCAAUGCGUUGGAAUCUCAAGCCCAAUUUGCUUCAUCAGAGCACGAGUGGCCAGAAGAGCUCUCUUCAUUCAGGUCACUUCUGGCACAUAAUGCCAUUAGUUUGUACCCUGGAUCACCAGUGGUUUUUGGGGAGAUUUUAGAAGCCAAGAGACAAAUUCUUGAUAGCUCAAAAGGUGGAUCCCUUUCCCAUUCUUGGUCUAAUUCUGGGCAUGAUUGCCCUAUGAAUAAUACUGACUUAAUGGUUGAAGAAUUGACAUUCAAUAACUACAAAGGGAGGCCAAAUGUUUCCUCAGCGGAUGGGUGCUCGAAUGCUGCACCUGUUGAAAUUUGUGAAGUUGGGCAAGCGCAGGGAAGAAGAGUCCAUGGGCAGAACCCUCACCAAAUCGUGGAUCAAGGAAGUGGAAGUGCACACAGUCAGGUGACCUGUAAGGAACAGGCAACUGUCGAUUUUAGCGCAAAAAUGCCCUCUGCAGGAACUCAUGGUGAUACUGACAAAGAGAAGUUCAGGAAUGUCCGGUUGCACAGGACUUGGGACCAGACGCCGGUUUCAAUUCUGCGUCCCUGUCAAGAACGUAGUAUAGUUGUUGGGAACUUGGAGUCCAGUGAUAGGCAUCACCAGUUAAGCGCUCCAUCAACCACUGAAGUGCAGGGUGGGGGGAUCCGCACCAGAGUUAUAUCAUCUUCUGGAUUUUCCGAGUUCUUUGCCAGGAGCACCUUCAAGGGAAAAGGGAUUGCAGUUAGGGAUGUGGAGCCUCUUAAAGAAUCUGAUGCUGUUGCAAAACCUAUAAAUUUUGGAAAAGGUGUUUCUGAUGCUAACAUUUGUUCAGAUGCAUCUGAAGGUUCUGUUGCUUGUGCUGGUACUUCAUCUUCACAGACUGGUUGUGGGAUCAGUUUUGGUUCAUUUGAGGAUGCUGUUAAUGUAAGGGAGUGGCUUCAGCCUGGGAGCCAUAAAUUAAAUAAAUCUGAACGACUGAUUGUAUUUAAGCAAAUUGUAGAGCUAGUCAAUCUGGCUCACUCUCAAGGGGUUUUUAUAAAAGAUUUGUGGCCAUCAAGUUUUGUGAUCUCGUCACAGAAUCAAGUUAAUUAUGUUGGUUCUUCAAGUUUUCAUAUGCCUUUGGGUAGUUCAGGUGGUACUUCUGCUUUCAUGCACUCUUCUGUUGGUGGCCAUUUGAAACGGAAGCGACAACAUAUGUCGAUUCCUUUUGACAAUAGCACAGGAACUGGCAUGAAACAUGAUUACUGGUCAUUGGGUGGUUUUCACAGCCAUUUAAGUCCAUUGUCAAAACCUCAGCGGUUCAGCAGUGGCUUGAGGUUAUCUAAUCAGCAUCCCUUAUCACCAUCAACAUAUGAUUUAAGACCUGAACCAGUAGCAGACGUAGCUGCAAAUACUAAUUUAUUACCACAUUCUCGGGGUAAACUGAGGGUACAUCAGAGUGAGUAUGAGGAUCGUAAUACCUCAAAAAGGUACAUUGGCUCAGAUUUGCCUAAUCAACCUCAGAAACAUUUUGUUCUUAAUGUUAAGCAGUUGGAAGAGAUGUGGUAUACUAGUCCAGAGGGGAUCAACGGCAAGGCAUGUUCCUUACCAUCAAACAUAUACAGUCUUGGUGUUCUCCUUUUUGAGCUGUUUUGCUGUUCCAAGUCAUGGGAGAUGCAUGAAGCAUCAAUGUCAGAUUUGAGGCAUCGUAUCCUCCCUCCAAAUUUCUUGGCUGAGAAUCCAAAGGAAGCGGGUUUCUGUCUUUGGCUGCUCCAUCCCGAGCCACUAUCUCGACCUAAAGCGAGGGAAGUGCUGCAAUCAGGUUUGAUCUUUGAAUCACCUGAGAUCUCAGGGGAAAAUAAUUCAUCUCUAUCUCUUGAUGAAGAGGAUGUUGAAUCAGAGUUGCUGCUGCAUUUCCUUACCUUGAAAGAGCAGAAGCACACACUAUCCUGUAAGCUGGUUGAAGAUAUCGGAAGUCUAGAAGCAGAUAUAUUGGAAGUUGAGAGAAGGCAAGCACUGUUGCAAGGUAAUUCCUUUCUGCCGAAGUCACACAAGGAGGAUAAAGCAGGCGAUGACUUGAGAACUCAAAUUCAGGAUAUCACUGAAAAUCUAGGUUCAACAUGUCAAAAUAAAGAAUCUUUGGCAACAAAUGUGGGAGGUUCCUCUUGGUCACCUAUCUCAUGUUCUAAUGAAGCCAGGAUAUUAAAGAAUAUUAGUCAGUUAGAGGAUGCAUAUUUUUCCAUGCGUUCAAAACUUAAGCUUGCUGAAAGUGAGAAUGUAACACGGACAGACAGGGACGUGCUGAGGAAUCAAGAUAGAUGCUCCUCACCGUCAGCUGAUAGUGCUGAGGGUUCUAAGGAUUCUGAAAUAGAGGACACACGUGGAGCUUUUUUUGAUGGCUUCUGUAGGUAUGCACGAUACUCUAAGUUUGUAGUACGUGGUGUUCUAAGAAAUGGCGAUCUCCUCAAUUCUGCAAAUGUUAUUUGCUCUUUGAGUUUUGACCGUGAUGAGGAGUAUUUUGCUGCUGCUGGUGUAUCAAAGAAGGUCAAGAUCUUCGAGUUCCAGUCCUUAAUGAAUGGGAUGGUUGACAUUCACUACCCUGUGAUUGAGAUGUCAAGCAGAUCUAAGCUCAGCUGUGUAUGCUGGAAUAGCUAUAUUAAAAACUACUUGGCAUCAACUGAUUAUGAUGGUGUAGUUCAGCUAUGGGAUGCAAACAGUGGGCAGGGAUUUAUGAACUACGGAGAGCACCAAAAGAGAGCAUGGUCUGUUGAUUUUUCUGUAACUGAUCCAACAAAGUUGGCCAGCGGAAGUGAUGACUGUUCUGUGAAACUUUGGAGCAUCAAAGAGAAAAACUCUAUCGGCACAAUAAGAAACCAUGCAAAUGUCUGUUGCGUCCAAUUUUCCCCAUAUUCCACACAUUUGUUGUCCUUUGGCUCAGCUGAUUACAAGGUCUUCUGUUAUGAUCUUCGAAAUACAAGAGUACCAUGGUGCACGUUAGCUGGACAUGAGAAAGCUGUCAGUUAUGUGAAAUUCUUGGAUGCGAGCACAGUCAUUUCAGCAUCCACUGAUAAUAAACUGAAGAUAUGGGAUCUCAAUAGAACAAAUUACUCUGGUCUCUCUUCCAGUGCUUGCAGUUUGACCUUGAAGGGUCAUACAAAUGAAAAGAACUUUGUGGGCCUCUCUGUUUCUGAUGGGUAUAUUGCAUGUGGGUCUGAAACAAACGAGGUUUAUGCCUACCAUAGGUCUCUUCCUAUGCCGAUAACUUCUCACAAGUUUGGUGCUUUGGAUCCAGUGUCGGGGCAAGAGAUAGGUGAUGAUAAUGGGCUGUUUGUUUCUAGUGUUUGUUGGAGGGCAAAGUCAAACAUGGUUGUUGCUGCAAACUCCAAUGGUAAUAUUAAGCUGUUGGAGUUAGUUUAGUAUGGGCAUGAGUUCCUCAAGGAGUUUCAUGGUUGAAAGUUAAAAUCCCCAAAAAAGGUCUUGUUGCGGCCUUUGUCAAUUUCCAUAUCUCUGUCACAUGGACAAAGCAGCACGAUAAGGGUCAUCUACUUCCAGAAUUUCUGAAAGACAUAAAGGAGCCUGUACAGGGUGCUUUAGUGACAUAAACCCAGUACCAUACAUUGGGCCUCCCCUUGUUGUUGGCUGACGUGACAAAUGAGCACAAUGGUUAACAGCUGCAUAUGAUGCAUGGGAUACUCAUGGAAAUAAGGGAGACUCCAAAGCAUCAGCAUAUUAAGGCUUUAUUGCUUUGUUGCUGGCUUUUGAUAGAUUGCAGUGAUGGAUCUGAUGUUGUGCAAGGCACUGUUCUCAUGAUGCACCAACCUUGAUUCGCUCUUGAUAUCCUUGAUUUAUUGGUACACCUUAGAAAUGACCGUUAUGAUGAGCUUUUGUACAUAUUUUUUGAUGAAAAUUUUUGUUGGACCAUAUGCUGGGGUUUUUGCUUCUCGGAAAGCGUAAUGCCCUGCUCUAAAAUCUUACGGACUUCACCAGAUGACCUAUAGAUUAAUGGACACUGAUUAGAACUGUAGAAUUUGAGAUGAUCUCAACGUCUGCAUACUGUAUAGCUUGAUUUUGCACAUUUUCAAGUAUGUUUGAGAGCCCUGAUGAUGAUACAUCUUGAUGGCCCCUGCUGCGUUACAAAACCUCCAGUGCUUUGAAGAAGCCGCUUCAGUGCUAUCUACCAAAUCUCAGGGUUGUCUGACUGAACCAAGAUUGCAACAAUUGUACAUAAAUUUGUCGUGCUAGAAGCAGCCAGAUUUGUAAUGUUUAUUUGUUGCUUUAAACAGUUUCAAGUGAAUGUUACAUCGUUUUCUGAUU